AUGAUAAGAUUUCCUGAACAAAAUGGAGCCAUUUUCGAAAUAUUUAUAUUUAUUCCUGACUGUUUUCUUUUUGUUACGACCACAAUUGGAACAACGAUUGCCCCGCCUCUUCCUGUCACAUGUAACAAAACUUCUGUCAUCACAGCAGUGGCUCUUAACAAGCCAGUAGGAGACUCCUCGGCUAGCGCAUGCACAGACCCCACUUACCAAUCGCCAGAAUCUUUAGUUACUCGAUAUUGUGGUAUCCCACUCGUUUCCAACUGGAAACAGGGACAAAAGGUUAUUGAUGAGUGCCAAUCAAAUUCAGCUAGUAAUCGAUCGUACACUCCAGUGUCAACUUUUGCACAUGGUCAUCAUGAUGUCAUGUCCGGUAUUUUUCUCCAUUGUACAACCGCCGGAUUUGCGAUGAUUGCUCAGAACUGCACAACGACACCUAGCGUCGUAAAUAUUACCCAUGGUUCUCUCUACCAUUUGCAGGAUUUUCGAUUUGUGCUAUCAUGAUUUAUAUUUCUGUGGAAAGAAUAGCUUUGUUCAUGCUUG